AUUUGAGAGAAGAGUGGUCCUGUGCUGCAGCUGGAUUUCCUUGGCUGGGAAAGUGGAAAGGAAGAAUGUGUCACCUGUAGCUGAAGGGAAAUUCACCCCAUUGCAAAACGGCUGGGUGAGAAGAGACCACUGGAAAUAGUCCACACCCAGUGCUCAACUCUGCCCAGGCAGAAGAACAGAGAGAGUGCAGAUGUCUCAGGACUAAAACCAAGACAGGGACUCAAAACCAGUGAUUUGAGAGCCCCGCGACGCAGCCUGCUACAGGAGCGGGGACUUCUCUGGAACACUGGCGUGCGCAGGGGUUAAGCCCACCGUAGAGAGCCAGCCUGGCCUUCGAAGUGUUACAAGGGGAGGGAGGAGAGCGGAGAGGGAGCGAGCGCUGUACCGCAGACAUCAUUUCUACUACAGUGGUGGAGACAUCCCGGACCUGUGUCACUGCAGGGGGAAGGAAAAAAGCCAAACAAACCAAAAGCAGACCCAAGCCCCGUGAUCAGCUAGGACGACAUUUGUGUGCGAGUCUCUCUCUGACCCCCCCCACCCCCGCCAACCCCACCUCCACUGACACUUUACAUCACAUUGCAGGCCAAGCCAGAUGGGCAAGCAAUACAAGCUGUGAAUUUAUUCUUGACCCCGUAGGACAGUGACCACCAUCAGUUUUUUCUUCACCCUACAGUUAUGCACUGCCAAUAAGUGAAAAGGUCACGAGAAGCAGUAGCUGAAUUUUUCUGAAGUGCUUUACAGCAGAGAAAGUGGGGAAACCUCUUAAAGUGGUGUCUUAUUCUAUCCUGGAGCACAGGGAAAGAGUUUUAAUGCAAAAUACCAGAAAAAAAAGUCUGCAACAUCUCCUGUGAGAGGGGAGAGAAAAGGAGAUUAACAAUUGCAUCUUGAAACACUCAUGAUUUGAGGCCAUAUGUGUCCUUUGAACUCUGAAGAAGCUGUGCCAAAAGGAAGCCUUCUUCUCCUCCCCUCCUCCCAUCGCGGAGCCGCUCUUAGAUAAUUGCAAUUAGUAGACAAUGCGGAGCGAACCCAAAUGUGAAGUCCAUGGGUCUACCUUACUUUAUUUGAAAAAGGAAAGACAGUGAGGACCUGUGAACAAUCCAGCAGCUUCUGAAAAAUCUUCAUGCUAAAGGAUAAUCCAGAAUUCCCUGAAGAAGAACAAAGUGAAUGUUAAUCCAGAGGAGCUGUCGGAGGAUCGUGCUCACAGGGAGAUGAUUCCUCAUGAAGUCACUGGAUCCCCUGCAGAAAUCAAAUGUGACUUUCCGUUUAUCAGACUGAAAUCAGAGCCAGCCAGACAGUGAAGCAAGCACAGUGGAGGGGGGACGGCGAAAGAUGAAAUCCAACCAAGAGCGGAGCAAUGAAUGCCUGCCACCUAAGAAGCGAGAAAUCCCUGCCACCAGCCUGCCUUCGGAGGUGAAGCCGGUCCUGCCAAACGAAAACCACCGUGCAGAUAACCUGGCAUGGCUCCCCAGCACACCCAGCGGCCAGGGCUGCCUGGGGGGCCGGCACCGGCCCGGGGGCACCUCCUCGGUGGAGGCAGGCUUGCAGCAGGGUUUGCACAAGUCACUGUCUGCAGGGAUGGACUAUUCCCCGCCGAGCGCACCCAGGUCCGUUCCGGCCUCUACCACUCUUCCCACGGUGUACUCGCCCGCCCUCUCCCAGUCAGGGACCCCCGUUUCCCCCGUGCAGUACACUCACCUGCAGCACACCUUCCAGUUCGUCGGGCCCCAGUACAGCGGAUCGUACACCGGAUUCAUCCCCUCGCAGCUGAUCUCCCCAACGGCCAAUUCCGCGACCGGCGCCGUGGCGGCGGCCACCGCCGUUGCAACCACUCCAUCCCAGCGCUCCCAGCUGGAGGCUUAUUCCACUUUGCUGGCCAGCAUGAGCGGCUUAAGCCAGCAGGGGCACAAAGUUGAGCCGCACCUGGUCAGGACGCCUGGACUGAUCGCUGCUGGGUCUCCUCCGCCCACCCAGCAGAACCAGUACGUCCACAUUUCCAGCUCUUCCCAGAGCACUGUCAGAAACGUCUCUCCUCCAACCAUCCCAGUCCCCCUGCACCCACAUCAGACGGUGAUCCCGCACACCCUCACCCUUGGCCCUUCCUCCCAAGUGGUGGUGCAGUACACUGACUCAGGGGGCCACUUUGUCACCAGGGAUGCCCCCAAGAAACCCGAGAGCAGCCGGCUGCAGGCGAUGCAGGCCAAGGAGGUACUGAACGGCGAGUUAGAGAAGAGCCGGAGGUACGGCAUUUCGCCUUCUGCCGACAUGGGUCUAGUCAAAGCAGGCAAUAAACCAGCUCCCCAUCACUAUGAGACCAGGCACGUGGUGGUCCACUCGAGCCCCGCCGAGUACGGCGUGCGGGAUUCCUCAGGUGUCCGAGCCUCUGUCAUGGUGGUCCCCAACAGCAGCACGCCCACGGCGGACAUGGAGGUGCAGCAGGCCGCCAACCGUGAGACCUCUCCUUCAGCCCUCAACGACAAGGGAAGUUUGCACUUAGGAAAGCCAACCCACCGGUCCUAUGCCUUGUCUCCGCAGCAGGCUCUGGGCCACGAGGGCGUGAAGGCGGUGGCCACGCUGUCCCCUCACACCGUCAUUCAGACCACCCACAGCGCCUCCGAGCAGCUCCCCGUGGGGCUGCCGGCGACAGCUUUCUACACCGGCACCCAGCCGCCGGUGAUCGGCUACCUGAGCGGCCAGCAGCAAGCCAUCGGCUACCCCGGCAGCCUGCCGCAGCACCUGGUGAUCCCGGGCACACAGUCCCUGCUGAUUCCGGUCGGCAGCGCGGACGUCGAGCCGUCGGGAGUCACGCCCGCGAUCGUCACGUCGUCUCCUCAGUUUGCAGCAGUGCCUCACACGUUCGUCACCACCGCCGUCCCCAAGAGCGAGAACUUCAGCGCGGAGCCCCUCACCACCCAGCCUGCCUACCAGGCCACCAUGGUGCAGGCGCAGAUCCACCUGCCCGUGGUGCAGUCCAUCGCCUCCCCUGCCGCCGCGCCCCCCACGCUGCCCCCUUACUUCAUGAAGGGGUCGAUCAUCCAGCUGGCCAACGGGGAGCUGAAGAAAGUGGAGGACUUGAAAACAGAAGACUUCAUUCAGAGCGCGGAAAUCAGCAACGACCUGAAAAUAGACUCCAGCACUGUGGAGAGGAUUGAAGACAGCCAUAGCCCGGGCAUCGCCGUCAUACAGUUUGCCGUGGGGGAGCAUCGAGCACAGGUCAGCGUGGAAGUCUUGGUAGAAUAUCCUUUUUUUGUAUUUGGACAAGGCUGGUCAUCGUGCUGCCCUGAAAGAACCAACCAGCUCUUUGAUUUGCCAUGCUCCAAACUCUCAGUGGGGGACGUCUGCAUAUCGCUCACACUCAAGAACCUGAAGAACGGCUCUAUUAAAAAGGGCCAGCCCAUGGACUCAGCUAGUAUCUUGCUGAAGCAUUCAAAGAAUGACAGUCUAGCUGGAAGUAGACACAGGUAUGCGGAGCAGGAAAACGGGAUUAAUCAGGGAAGCGCACAGAUGUUAGCUGAGAACGGUGAACUGAAGUUUCCGGACAAAAUAGGAUUGCCUGCAGCACCUUUGCUCACCAAAACAGAACCCAGCAAGCCCCCAGCAACAAGGAAGAGGAGGUGGUCAGCCCCUGAAACACGAAAACUAGAGAAAUCAGAAGAGGAGCCACCUUUGACUCUUCCCAAGCCUUCUUUUAUUCCUCAGGAGGUUAAGAUUUGCAUUGAAGGUCGAUCCAACGUAGGAAAGUAAAAGUUGUUUGGGGAAAGGAAAUUAGGCUAUCCCUUGUCAUUUUUAUCCAGAUUACUGUACUGUAGACUAAAUAACCCAGUAUUUACAUGUUAUCAUCUUAUUUUAGGUUUAUGUUAUAACCUUGUUGUUAUAGUUGCAGCUGGUAUUAUGCAGGAGACUGGUGCAUAUGUUUUUCCACAAGUGUUUGUCAGUGACUAGGUUUAUCGAGAGCUACAGAAGGGGCAGUAUCUGCUUCACACACCCUUAGUGGAAAUGAAUGUGUUGUCAUGGCUCCUGUUUUCUAACACCUCGUGUAGGACAGGGUCCAGCUGUGAUUUUGUUUUCUUUUCAUCGCUUUGUGUUUGUUUUGUUGUUCUGGUUCCUGUUCUAGUUUUUUUGGGGGGGAGGUGAGGAGAAGGGAACUGUAGCAGAGGUGUGUGUCAAACAUGGGUUGCGUGUGCGUGCGUGUGUGGGUGUGGGUGCGUGCCAGCCCCCAGGGCGGGACGGCCGCUCUCUGGCGGGUCGGUGAUGAGGUUUCCUCACCCCAGGUGGAUGCUGAGGACACAACCAACCCUUGGGUGUGUUACUGAAAAGGAUCAGACAGUCUCUGAUGUUUUCAACAACAAGCCAACUCUUACUCAAGGCUCUGCUAUACAUAUAUAUAUAUAUAUAUGUGUGUGUAUAUAUAUAUAUAUAUAUAUAUAUAUUUGUGUGUGUGUAUAUGUAUAUAUAUAUUUUUCCCCCAUGGGGUCUGACUGCACUGAUUUUUAUUCCUAAAGCAAACUGCCACACCACAUUUCCUUUCUGCUUGCUAGUGCAGUUCCAUUGCCCAGAGUCAGCGACGGCGGGGCUGUCCAGAGCCUCGACCGCAGGGUUUCCCUUGAGGGAGGGGGGUGGGUGGGUGUGUACGUGUGCCUGGGUGUGCCUGGGUGUGUGUGGGUGUGCUGGAUGUGUGUGGGUGUGCGAGGAGGCCUCUGGCUCUGCGGAUGCGCCUGGCUCAGGCUCACUCCUGUUUCUGUGCAGUGUUAGACAAAUCGACCGGGUUACGCCAUUGACAUUUGCUUCCACAAGGUAGAUGCAGACUGCCCCUUUGAGAUCACAGGCAUCCAUCGUUUGCAGUUAGGUUGCAAAUCUUUGUCUUUAACUCUAGUACUGGUUUUAGUUCUUGGUUAUGGACAACUGGUGCCACUUUUUUCAAAUUGCGGUGCGUGACACAGGAAUCCGCUGUUGAAGAUGAACCUAGAAUGUCUUUAAGCACUUAAAAUGCUGUUCACACUUUAUUGCUGAGCAUCCUGGUCUAACACUCAGUACGUACUGUAUAUCACUUUAAUCUGCUCGGAAAGCAACAACAACAAACAAACAAAUCUCUUCAACACUGUAACUACAUGCAACUAUGUAAAGUUUUCUCACAGGCAAGAUGCUGAAAGUUUUAAUGUGGUUUCAAAGGGAUGAAUGUGAAUUAUUGAACUAGUAUGUGACAGUCAUUGUCCACAAAGGACUACUUAAUAGGAGGCACUUUUUAAACUUUAAUGCUUGAGAAAGAGUUAAAGGCAUAUGCGAGCUGACAUAAUAAAAAAGAAAAAAAAGAGAAAGGAAAAAGGAAAGAGGAAAAAUCAUUGUCCAGUGUUUUUGAAAAAGAUGGACUUUAAAGAAUCUUGCAAUUUGCACAUCUUGAGUUUAUCAUUUGUGUGGUAUUCCUGCAGUUUUUACCUAAUAAUGUUGUGGGGUGGGGGGGGUCUGAAAGAGCAUAAACAAAUGUAGCAAUUACUCACUAACCUGCCUACGCUCUAGGCCAUUUCAUAGGGUUACGUUCCUUUCAGAGUUCAUUUUUGGUCUUUCUACCUUAUCGGCCACACAGAACCAGGUCCUACUGGGACACCUCUGAGAAUUUUUCUUCAGACUUGCUGAGAGAGUUUUCCAGAAAAAAACCCAUUUCUAUAAGUAAGCAAGGUGUUUGUUUGUUUUGAAAACAAACCUAUUGUUAUUUUAUUAUUUUUAUUAUUAUUAUUAUUUGUUAUUUUAAUUGCAUCAUUUUCCAUUGGAAAGGCGACAUUUCAGGAGUUUGGUACAAACCAAGUAGGAGCGGGGGAUUCACGCGUUCAGUCUUUUCUUUCCCCAGGUAGGGCCGGAUCCUCUGAGGUGCUGUGCACCCAACCUCCUGCACGAGCCUCGGGGAGGUGCACAUGAAGUGUGUCGGGGCUGAGUGCUAAAGCCUGUCGCUGCUUCUUGGAAGAUCCCAGUGGGAUUGCAGUGGGAUCGCACUCGGGCCCUCUGUGAGCAAGCGUUCGUGUCGUCAUUUUUGGUUGGCGAGUUCACAUCCUUCAGGUAGUUUUGAAGAAGCUGUACUCAUAGGGAGAACAGGAAAUCAAAGUCCGUCAUUAGAAACACAGUAACCUAAAGUGAACAAAUUUCUUUAAAGUCUUGUUUUCCCUCUCCCCUGAAAUACAGUGCUUUUCUUUGAGAGAAGAAAUGUUAACCCCAAACCCCAUCUUUGACUCUUAUUACUUGAAAUUUAGCUCACACCAGACCGAAUUGUUUUUAUACCAUAUUCUGGGGUGCACCAAAAAGUUGAAAUAUGUUUAAAAUAGCUUGAAACUUUUUUUGAAUUUCCUUGAAUUUUAUUAACCUCUCGGCGGGCUACCAAAUAGCUGAGUGGGUUUCUUCUCACAAUCACACAGCUUAGUUAGUGCUUAUUUGUUAAUAUUUCUGCUCAGAGAAGUUGCUUAAUCUUCCAUAUACUCUGCUCAGGGCACUUGCAAUUUAUUGUUUCGUUUUGUUUCCUGUUUUUUUUUUUAAGCUUUGAUGGUAAAGGAAUAGAAAGAAUUACAGAUUUUAGUUCACAGUCUUACCACUAUUUCUGUACUUCACGUGUACUUAGAAAAAAAGAAAUCUCAAGUAAAACCAUACGCAUACACAUUUGUGGUCAAUAAGGAAGCAGGGGCUAUUAAACUGACUGGAUCUAUUCAACUAACACUAAAAAAAAAAAUAAUAAAAAAAUACAUUUGGAGCAAUAGGAAUGUAUUAGUUCUGUGCUUGUAUUUCAGACUGAGGAAUUCUGAAAUAACUGGUUCUUUCCAAACAAUUGUCCCCUUCCAUGCUUUAGCUUUUGUAGGAUGUGCAAUACUUCACGUGCCAACUUAGACUCACCUGCACGGUGUUAGCUAGAUCUCAUACCCACUUCUGAUUUCCCCUGGUUUUGUCUCUUCUGAAUUCUUUCUUUCUACCUUUCUCCCUGCCCCCCUCCCCCCUUAAUAAGUCCCUCCCUGUCCUCCCCCCUCCAAAAACCCGCACCAUGUUAAGGGUAUAAGAUUCUUUGCCCCGGGAAACACGAACCCAUUUUGUAUUUGUUGUUUAAAGAGAUCCAGGAAGAAAAAAACAAAAAGGAAAAAAAAGAGAUCUAUUCAUGUCUACAUGGCAUCCAGGCAGAGGGUGGCACUCACCAUAUGCCGAGUGGCACCUUCUGCCUGGGCACACGCACACAGGAGCUGGCUCCCACCAGGGCCAAGUCCUUUGCAAGGCAGGGCUUUGCCUUUCCCUCUGGCACUGAGCAUCCCUUGUGGUGCAGCCCCAGGCCCGGGAGUGCCAUCAAUCCCCAGGGCAGGUGCAAAACACCACUUGCAAGCAGGGGGAUGCUGAGGUGAAGCUGAAGGAGGAGGCUCUGCCCCUGCUCUGCGUGGCAGCCGCUUUGCAAUAGUAACUGAGAGCAGUUUUCUUUUUGUCUGUUUGUUCCUUUCCUUUUGUAGCAGGCCUCUUUAGUUUACAACGAAAUGCAUACAAUCACCAAGAAAUUAGUCAGGGCAAAGAAAAAUAAAACAAGAACCUCUUUAUAGGGAUUUCUUAAAAAAAAAAAUUAUUUGUCUGUCUGCCUAUCUAUCUAUCUAUCUAUCUAUCUAUCUAUCUAUCUAUCUAUCUAUCUAUCUAUCUAUCUAUCUAUCUCUAUAUAUACAGUGACUGUUCCUUAUAGCGUCUAACUUAGGCAUUGUUUCAGUUUGUCUGGGCCACAUCGUGGGGAAUUUGAGUUUGAUGUCACUUACCUCGAGUCCUCUGGUCGAGACCCGAAUCGGAGUCGCUGUUGACCUAUUCCACCAUUUUGUACCUUGCCCUUAGACUUACUUUCCCUCAAAGAUGCAGACCUCGGGAGGAGGGGAGGGACACACGUUCCUUUUUUCAUUCCUUUAAUUCCUUUGUCCCACUGUCGCUUUGUUCGACCUGUCGUUCCGUCAUUUUCUCAGCAUGGGGAAGUGACAUCACUACUCUUGUUUCCCUUAAAUCAAGGAACAUUUAGAAACCUUUCACACCUUUUACUCAGGGAUGGGGCUGGUGUAUGUGUGGUACACUGAUGUGACCAGAAGCAGCACUUUUACUGCUCCGGAGUAGGGAUGUACAAUGUUACAGACAAGUUUGGAUUUCCUGCAUCUCACAGUUUAAACUUUGUAGAUCUCAUUUAGAUUGCAAUACAAAAGCAGCAGGGUCAGCAUGAACUGUAGCUGUUGGUUACCAUGAAAAUACACUCUCUGCAGAGAUUUAUAUUACUUUAAAGUGUGUUGCCGGUAGUAAAAAGGAAAUGGUGAAAUUCUGUUAAUUCUUGCAACUACUUAAAAAAAAAAAAAAAAAAAAAAAAAAAAGCCUGCGUCAAGGAGAGCGAAUUCUCAAUCUUUUUAAACACUAAUAGUGUUGUUUCAGAUUGGCUCUUGGUGCAAUGCUCUGCAUGUCAUGGGACACAGUUCUGCAAAAGCUUAUACAUGUGUGCAUGGGAGGUCUGGGCUGGCCAGCAAAGGCUGCUCAGGGGCUUGCUGUAAAGCACAUGGAUAAAUCUUUGUGGAACUGAAGCGUGGUUCAAUCAGGGCCGGAUCCUGGCCUUAACUGGGCAGUUGGAAAAAUGUCGGGGUUGACCAGGGCAGAAGCCUUGGGCAGGUAGAGGGGAUUUGGCCCAUUGAAACACUUUCUGCUGUCCCAGAAACUUGACAAAUGGCAGAAUGAGAUAUGCACUCGUACAGUUUCCAUUUCUUUCCUCCCCAUCAUCACAGGUAGCAGCAGAGUCCACUGUGAGCUCUGGCCAGUGUUGAUGUGAAAAGCAAGGGGAACAUGCCACCAGGGUGGAGGCAGUAACUUCCUUUUCUCUGGUUUUUCCAACCCUCCCACUCUCCCAAAUCCUGUAAUACAUAGCAAAAUGAGAAUUUGUUGAUGCAGAUAUGCAUAUGUGCACACACACCCCCAGGCAGAAGUGUCUGUUUGCACACAAAGAAGUUAUGUGUGCAUUUUUUUUAUGUGUAUGCCUACAUGUCCACUUGAUUCCCUGUCCUGAGGACAGCCUUGCUUUGUGCCCAUAGGGAAAUUCCAAACGCGUUGCACACCUCUACUCCAGAGUUCAAUUUCUUUUACAUAGACGACCUCGCUUCAGAUGUGUUACCUUUACUGAUAGAAUCUUUUCUUGUAGCACUAUACCUUGUGGGAAUAUUUUUUGAUGUAAACCUAAUUUGAGAAGCUUAUAAAAAAUAGAAACUUUUUUUGAAGCACUCACAUUGAGGAGUACAGGUAAUGUUUUAAAAAAUUGCACAAAAGAAAAAUGAAUGUUGGAAUGAUUCAUUCAGUGUUUGAAAAAGAGAUGGCUCUGUUUGAACAGUGAGUUUCAUACCUUGUUUGUAAAAAAAAAAAAAGUUUUUAAAUACAAAAGCAGAGAAAGGUUGAAAGUUACAUGUUUUUUGUAUAUAGAAAAUGUCAUGUCUAGAUAAUCUGAUUUGUAUUGGCUCUGGCCAGGAAGAAUUAUUACUUAAAAGGCUCUUAAAUAACAACUGUGCUUAAUUUUCUGUUCGUAUUACAUGGGUCCCGUUUCUGGGGAAUGGAGUCACGCUGUUAACUCCUGUGCUGAAAAUACACCUUGGAGCAGCAAUUCCUGAGUGCAGCUACCGGGCACUUCGAAGGGUGGCUACUGUGCAAAACGAGAGUCUCCCUCUCCAGUUGUAUUUUGGCUUUAAGUCUGUUCCGCCUGCGCUGAGGGAGCCCCUGGCAGCCCAGAGCUCAGGGCCGGUUCCGAGGGAGCCUUGGCCGUGCCCUGGGCAGGCCCAGGUGUGGGGACCCUGCUGGUGCUGGCAGCCCUCGGGUUGAGAGCUGCUGCCGGCUGAGCACAACCUGCGUAGUUUCCACCUGAGACCUUUUGGUCUCAUUUUUUUCUCUCUCUGGGGAUGCUGUUCCAGUUUUUUUCAGCACUUCCUGGUCCAGAUGAAAUCCAAAGAGUACAACCCUGAGCUAGAAGUGCUUGUAACAAGGUAUCCUUGCCCAGCACUAGCAGCAGAAUGGUACCUGAGGCGACCCGGCCCUCCAGCCCCAGUCACUGCCCCUUUCUCCCACCGCUGCUGCCAGGAGCAGCUGGUCACACGGUUCCAGUGACGGUCUUGACCAAUGGCAAGACUGAUGUUUUCAGAAGCCAAAAGGAGAGGAUCCUGAAGCAGUUUCUGAAGAGAGGAUCCUUUUCCUGUCCAAAGAUUGAGCUGGGCAGCUGGGAGCUGGUGGCAGGGUGGAGAGGGCAAAGUUUCCAGCUGCUCCCAUCCCCCUCCCUGGAGGUGACCCAAUCUUUGGCUCCCACAGGCACAGGGGAUGGGAACACUCGCCCUGUGCAAGUGACCCCUGGGCACUCAGAAACCAGCCCCAGUUGUGUCACGGUGAAGUGCGUUCAGCCAACAGGUAGUAUUUAUACAGUAACUGUCUCUAAGGGUUCCGUAGGUUUUUUCUUGUUGUUAGCUGAAAGGACGCAAGUCUUCCACUGAGGAUUUUUUGGAGGCUUCAUCCAAGGUUGUUUCUUUUUUGUUAGUUUCUAUUUUGAGCAGUUAAAGCUCCUGUGCCCUUUCCCUCGACCACGCAGUAGGUGUGCAUUGGAAGUGUUGUUUGCAGCGAGCGGAGUUACUUGUUGAAGCUGUCCUUGCUGUACUGCGAGACUGGUGAUGGGCAGAAACUUCAGGGCCCAGAGCCAGGGUGGAGCCAGGGUGGGACCACUGGCUCUGCCGGCAGUGUGGGUCUGCCCCUUCACACCUGCUGGCGAGGGGAUUCCAUCCUGGCAUUUGCUUUAAAAGUCCAGGGCCCAGGUACUCUCCCGUUGAACAAGCUCUGCAGAAUUCUUGUUCCAGUCCACUGGGUUUGGAUCUGGGCAGCUGAGGGCAAAAACGGGCCGGGGGUGGCCGCAGGUGGCUCGGACGGCCAGGCGCUUCGCGAAGUUACUAAUCUGGUAAGGCAUAGAUGCAACUCUUCACGACAGUCAGCUAAUGUUGAAACUCACUAAUGUAUGUAUUUGCUCCUUUUUUUUUUUUUAAUAAUGUAUUAACUUGUUGAACACUGUUCUUUUCGCAGUGUUACAAAAGUGGGGGUGGGGGAAUUUCCCAACCUUUUUCAGUUUGGGUGAGCUACUGAAAUCCAUUUUGUACUAGCUAUGUCACCGCUCCCGGCAGCAGCUGGCAGCGGCGCUUGGCCAAGCCGGGGUCAGGUCCAGCCUUUAGACAUCAGUAGUUUUUAAAGUAAUUUUUUUUUAAAAUUGUCUAGUAUUACUAAUGAGGGUUGUUGCAAAUCACACUUCCAGUGUAGUUCCUAGUGUAGGCCCAGUAAAAGGGAUAUCGCAGCUUUGUGUUGGGGAGAAAUUGAGCUGACAUGGCCAGUACAAAGGAGAAAAUAGGGAGGGAAUAACGUUUUGCACCUUAUUGAAAAGAGGAGAAGAUUUUAAGUGCAUACAGACAUAGUUAAGAGCUUUUAUUGUGACAGGAGAACUUUUUUCCAUAUGCGUGCAUACUCUCUGUAAUUCCAGUGUAAAAUAUUGUACUUGCACUAGCUUUUUUAAAACAAAUAUUAAAAAAAAUGGAAGAAUUCAUAUUCUAUUUUCUAAUGGUGGUGUGUCUAUUUGUAGGAUACACUCGCGUCUGUUUAUUGAAUUUUAUGGUCCCUUUCUUUGAUGGUGCUUGCAGGUUUUCUAGGUAGAAAUUAUUUCAUUAUUAUAAUAAAACAAUGUUUGAUUCAAAAUUUGAACAAAAUUGUUUUAAAGAAAUUGUCUGUAUACCAGUACAAGUUUAUUGUUUCAGUAUACUCGUACUAAUAAAAUAACAGUGCCAAUUGCAAA